AUGAAGUUCCUCGCCGGUCUCUCCCUCCUUGCCUCCGUGGCUUCCGCCAUGAGCGUUGACUUGACUCAGCGCGGUGGCCCCCUCGACGUCAAGAUCGAGGUCGUCAACAACACCAACGUCAAGGCCAGCAUCACCAACACCGGCAAGGAGCAUCUGAAGGUCCUCAAGACUGGUUCCAUCCUCGACAACGCCGCUGUUGAGAAGACCCAGAUCUUUUCUCCUUCCGGCCCCGUCGCCUUCGAUGGUCUCCGCCUCCGCAUCGCCACCUCUGCCCUCCCGGAGGAUGCCUUCCAGCUGAUCGCCCCCGGCGAGACCGUCGAGACCUCCUGGGACUCGGCCGAGGUCCACGACCUCUCCCAGGGCGGCUCCUUCGACGUCAAGGUUGCCGGCAUCCUGCAGUACGCCCACGUCAACUCGACUGAGCUCAAGGGCACCCUCCCCUACUCGUCCAACAUCGUGACCGCUUCCGUCGAUGGCGCCGCUGCUUCCCAGGCCCGCCGCGUCUUCCACGAGAAGCGCUCCAUCGUUCAGUCCGACUGCACCGGCUCCCGCGGCUCCGCCACCCGCACGGCCAUGUCCAACUGCCGCGCGCUCGCCGCCAGCGCCAGCCAGGUCGCUUCAUCCGGUUCCGCCUCCAAGAUGACCGAGUACUUCAAGUCUUCGUCCUCGUCCACCCGCUCCACCGUCGCCGGCGUUUUCGCCCGCGUCGCUAACGAGUGCGGCUCCACCACCUCCGGCUACGCCCGCUACUACUGCUCUGACGUCUACAAUGCUUGCUCGUCUGGUGUCCUCGCCUACACCCUCCCCAGCUCUAGCUUCAUGGUCAACUGCCCGCUGUACUUCAGCGCGCUGUCCAGCUUGAGCAGCCAGUGCCAUGCCCAGGAUCAGGCUACCACCACCCUCCAUGAGGUCACCCACUUGAGCCAGAUCAAGGGCACCUCGGACCAGAGCGGAUGCUAUGGCUACAGCUGCGUGCGCAGCUUGUCUGCUAGCCAGAACUUGAACCAUGCUGAUACUUAUGCCUUGUUUGCCAACUCUAUCUACGUUGGCUGCUAA